AUGUUUCAUUCGAGAAUCAAUACUGCUGUUGAACACCCAAACCCCAAACCAAAAAUAAUCAUGUCUGCCCCGACAACAUCACAGAAACGUCCUUUUCCCUACGACAACAGCAACGAUGAUCAUGAUCCCAGUGAGCCAACCUUCUUCAUAUCAUCUCCGAUCGUCGACCGAUCAUCAACCUUUGUCGCACACUUCCAUCCACACCGACUCUCGCGCCGGGUCAGUACCACUACGACUCCCAGUACUGCAUCGACAUCUCUUACAUCAACCGUCAAAUCCGCACAAUCUCACCCCGCCUUCCGCACCGCCGACCACCGCAUGGUCGCAUGGCGUCGACCAUCAGGCCAGCGAACACUAACAAUACCAGCAUCAUCAACAACAUCACCGUCAACAUCACAACCCGUAUCCAGCAAACCAAUCUACGCCACCGGCUCCGACGACGACGGCGAGAAAUACGCCGGCAAACGGCUUGAGAAAGUCCUUGCCGAUCUUGACGUGGAAGGUAUUAUCGUCGUGGCGAGAUGGUACGGCGGCAUCAUGUUGGGACCCGUGCGGUUCACGCAUAUUGAGAAUGUGGCGAAGGAAGCUAUUGGGAAAUGGAGGGCUUAUGAACGUGAACGGGAACGUGGAGGACAGAAGCGGAUGAAGAUUGAUGGGAAUCAAGGAGGACAGCAAUCUCAAUCUUUGGAGAAAGAACAAGCCGACCGCUCCCGACUAGCCAAACAGUUGGUCGAGAGGGAUCAUAGCAUUGUCGUGCUGAGGGGCUUGCUUGCUGAGAAACAGGGAAACCAAAAGAUAAAGACCCACGAAAAGACAGGCGACACGAAGAUCGAGGCUGAUGGCGAUGGCGGUGCCAGUGCCAGUGCCAGUGCCGACACCAAUAUCAAUUCGAGCCCCUUGGACCCGCACGCCAAUAUCUCAAAACCGACCGCACUGGGGACGUCACCAUCACCAUCACCAUCACCAUCACCAUCACCAUCACCAUCACUGAAUGCGAAGCCGAAUUCGACUGAGAAUCCGACUCCGAAUCCAGAUCCGGAUACCAUUACUACUCGCAAUCAUGAUCCAAGAUCAAGUACUGUGCAAGACCGAGACCCAGCACAAGUUCAAGUUCAAGUUUCAAACUCGAACCAGCCAGUAUCUGCUACUACUACUGCUACUGGUACUACUGUUGCUACUACUACUACUAGUCCUCCUCCUCCUACUACUCCUACCAUUACCACCGAGACCGCCAGUCCUAGCGGUGUCAACGACAGCAGCACCGGCAUCGACACCGGGAACACUACUCGUCCCAGCCCGAGCCGACAGUCACAAUCACAACCACAACCACAACCAACCUCCGAGUCACACACUCAGACUACCAACAACGCUACUAGUCCUAACCCUACUAAUCCGACAACCACAAUCGAACACUACCUCUCUCUCCCCCUCCCACGCCUUCACCAACUCGAAAAGGCGCGCGACGCGACCAUUGCGUUUAUAUUGAAGCAAUUGGAUAAGCUUGAUCAAGAGGAGGAACGAGAACAGGCUCAGAAAGAACAUGAACAAUAA